AUGUCAUACGGAGAGAAGCUUAGGGGCCCGGCUAGGCUGUCCACCAGUGAUAUGGACCGCGACACUCAGCUUUUCUCGGAAACGGACAACCGCUCGAAGAUAGCUCCGGAUUACAGUCGUACGAAACUGGCCCUUUUAGGAGUCGAGGAAGAGUCGCUGGAGGUUGGCCUCUCUGGAUAUACGUGUCAUCAUCCACUCAGCCCCGUUAACCGGUAG